UAACAGAAAGUGGGCUGCAAGAUGUGCUUUUGAAGUUUUGACCUUUGAAUAUGGUCAACUGUUAGCAAAUCAUACAGACUAUAUCAUGAGACCAUGUUCAAAGCUAGUAUUUCUCCAUGUAAUAGAUGUCUUGUAACGGUUUGUCUAAAGACGCAUAACAGUGGUUCUUUGCUUUAUGAGUGUUCUCUCACUCAGUAGUAAAACUAGCUGUUAGAUUGUAACUAAAACAUACGCAUUGAUUUUCUCAUACAAUAGAAAUGAUGUUGUGAUAUAGUUUUCGAACAUUCAUGUUAUCAAAUAUCCAAGACUGAAAAUGUUAUAUAUCAUUCUUCGUUACAUAGACCUGCAAGUUUGUUAUUUUUCUUUACAUUUUUAGCUCUGUUUCAGGAAGCUCUUGUCUCCUGUCCUCACCGGAACUGAUAUUGUUUGUUGUGGGUCCAAGGGACAUCUUUUAUGUUGCACAACCUGUGGCAAAGUAGUUCUCCUUAAUACACCCGUGAAAGUAGUUAGCAAAGCUAACUCAAUCGAGCUAACACGGCUUUCACGCAAAACGACAUGCACACAGUCAGUAGCUAAAGUCUUGCAUGGUAAAGGCUCUAACUUUGCCCAGUGAAACCACAGGUUGUUGUGAUGUCGGAGCCUAAACCCCCUACUCCAACCCCUGGAGACACGUACAAGGGCUGGCUCUUCAAAUGGACUAACUACAUUAAAGGUUACCAGAGGCGCUGGUUUGUUCUAAGCAAUGGACUCCUGUCCUACUAUAGGACCCAGGCAGAAAUGGGUCACACAUGCAGAGGCACCAUCAAUUUGGCCACAGCCAAUAUUGCUGUGGAGGACUCGUGCAAUUUUGUCAUUUCCAAUGGAGGGGCACAGACCUACCAUUUGAAGGCCAACUCAGAAGUAGAGCGGCAGCGAUGGAUCACUGCUCUGGAGCUUGCCAAGGCAAAGGCUGUCCACAUGCAGGCUGAAUCUGAUGACUCGGGUGAUGAAUGUCCCUCAGUGCCCCCCACCUCAGGACAGGGUGGAGGCUGCCGUAACUCAGAAGUCCAGUCCACGCUACGCACACUAAACAGCAAGGUUGAGGACCUUGCCACUUGCAAUGAUCUCAUUGUAAAGCAUGGGUCUGCCCUCCAAAGGUCUCUGUCAGAACUGGAGGGGAUUCGUGUCGGGGUAGACAUGGGGGAGAAGAUCAGACAAGUAACAGAGAGAGCCACACUGUUCAGAAUCACCUCUAAUGCCAUGAUUAAUGCAUGUAGAGACUUCCUCUCCCUGGCCCAGAGCCACAGUAAGCGCUGGCAGAAGGCCUUACAGGUUGAAAGAGACCAGAGGAUACGGCUGGAGGAGACUCUGGAGCAGCUGGCCAAACAGCAUAACCAUUUGGAAAGAGCUUUCAGAGGAGCUACAGUUCUCCCGCCUUCAUUCAGCAAUCCUACCUUAGCUAACAAAGGUAGUGUUUCAGGGAAAGGUGAUGCAAGUGAUGAGGAUGACGACAAUGAGUUCUUUGAUGCUAUGGAAGACCCAGCAGAGUUUAUUACUGUUCCUGCUGACCCCAAGUAUCACAGGAGAUCUGGCAGCAACCUUAGUGGGAUCAGCAGUGAGACUGGAUUGGACGAUCAGUCGGUAAAUUUCGAUGAACUUUCUUUGGCAUCCAAUCCAGAAUCCCCACAGCCCCUUGAGCUUGAGCCAGUUAGACAAAGGCGGACUCGCAUCCCUGACAAGCCCAACUAUUACCUCAAUCUGUGGAGUGUUAUGAAGAACUGCAUCGGAAAGGAGCUCUCAAAGAUACCAAUGCCUGUGAAUUUUAACGAGCCCCUCUCAAUGCUGCAACGUCUUUCUGAAGACCUGGAGUACUAUGAGCUGCUAGAUAAGGCUGCUAAAUGUCAGAACUCUCUGGAGCAGAUGUGUUAUGUUGCCGCUUUCACAGUCUCUUCCUACUCCACCACUGUCCACCGCACAGGAAAACCCUUCAAUCCUCUGUUGGGGGAAACCUUUGAGCUUGAUCGUCUCAAAGAGUGUGGCUACCGCUCACUCUGUGAGCAGGUGAGUCACCACCCACCUGCUGCAGCUCACCAUGCAAUCUCUGAAAAAGGCUGGACUCUGAGACAAGAAAUUACACUGGCCAGCAAGUUUAGAGGAAAAUAUCUCUCCAUCAUGCCUUUGGGUUCCAUCCAGUGUAUAUUUGACAAGAGCAACAAUCACUACUCUUGGAAGAAAGUGACGACAACAGUACAUAAUAUUAUUGUUGGAAAAUUAUGGAUUGACCAGUCAGGGGAGAUUGAUGUGGUGAACCACAGGACAGGAGAUCGCUGCCACCUCAAGUUUGCUCCCUACAGUUACUUCUCCAGAGAUGUACCAAGAAAGGUUACAGGUGUUGUGACGGAUAAGGAUGGCAAGGCCCAUUAUGUGCUAUCAGGAACCUGGGAUGAGAAGAUGGAGUUUUCCAGGGUAAUGCAGAGCAGUAAAGGCGAGAACGGCACUGAAGGCAAACAGAGGACUGUCUAUCAGACGCUCAAAGCCAAAGAAAUCUGGACAAAGAACCCUUUACCAGAGGGAGCAGAGAACAUGUACUUCUUCUCCUCACUGGCCUUGACGCUCAAUGAACCUGAGGAUGGAGUGGCGCCAACCGACAGUCGACGUCGCCCUGAUCAGCGGUUAAUGGAGGAGGGCCGCUGGGACGAGGCUAACGCAGAGAAACAGAGGCUAGAAGAGAAACAGCGCAACACGCGACGAGAGAGGGAAAGGGAGGCUGUUAAAGCAGCCAGCGCACUUGAGGAAGCCCCUUAUGGACCAUCGCUCUUCCCUUACCUAAGCACUCAUCAAGACAGCUACCAAGCACUGUGGUUUGAGAAGUUGGACGACCCCCUAACUGGAGAGACCUUACAUGUCUACAAGGGCGGUUACUGGGAGGCAAAGGAACAAGGCAGCUGGGACGUGUGUCCUGACAUCUUCUGAUCCCAGCCCAGUCAGCCUGUUUAUCUCUGUGCUGUACAAAGACUGUAAGAGGUGACUUACAUUACAUCAACUGAAGUGGGGAACCAUGCCUGAUCUGUCCUCAAUGUCUCUAGUUUCAUCUGCCCACCCCACUCAGCUCCCCUUUCCCAGCAGUAAGGAUUAAGGGCAUGUGGACUUCACCCACAGUAUAGAUAGAAUGAGCAUUGUAGCAUUGUUGUAAUAUUGCUAUAAUAUUAUAUAAUAUAAUAUUGCUGUAAUAUUGGGAUUAUGCUACCCCAGUUUCUGAUUCUUGGAUAGCACGCCAGCGUUCUGGAGGCUAAAGAGGCAUAACGCGUAACACAACAGCAUGUGUCCUGUCCUUCUGUUUCACUCUUCACACAUACAUGAAUUUAUUGCUGCUUCCCCAGCACAGCACUACUGCACUGUUAAUCAACGCUUAAUUAUACCCAACUUUUUUUAAUAGUUCAACAAGCCAGUUUCAGACAACAUCAGAUGUUUGGAUGUAUGGGCUUCGGUGGUUCUGACAAAAGAGACAUAAAUAUGGUUUCAUAGGGAAGUAUUUGAUUUGCGGUGCUACUUCAUUCCCUGAAGUGAAGCAAAAACUGUAUCUACAUAUUAGCCUUUUGUUUUUCAUUUUUACACUCAGCUAGUCCAUCCCCCUCCUUAAGAUACAUGAUAAUGGUGAAGACAUGAUUAUACACUCCUCAUCCUGGUUUGGUCAUCUCAAGCAUCCCUAAUUCUGGGUUUACGUUCCUCCAUAUAUAAACAGGGUCGUUGUUUUUUUAAUCUUUUAUUCCACUUUAUAAGAAUGACGUCUUUUUUUCUAUUCAUCUUUUAUUCACGAAUAAUAAUGAGGUUUCUGUGUGUUUCACACAUAAUUUUUAAAUGAAUAUAUGUCCUUUGUUUAUUAUGGCAACAUAUUGAAGACUAUGUGAAUUAAAAUAGUGGUACCAAACAAAUUUGUAUGGUACCACUGAAAAUGUGAAGUAUGAAGAUAUCAGUGGCACUAUUGCCACUCAUGGGGAGAGGGAUGUGGGGGGACAUUCAAAUCUCCAUCUUUCUGUAUGUUUUUUGUGUGUCUUUGUGUUUUUUCCUUUAACAGUUUAACAAAUAACUUGGCAGUAAAACUUUUUUUGUUGUUUUUUUUUUUUUGGUAAAAUCCAUGUACGCAAACCUGUGACAGCAGGUUAAGUUAAGUUUCGUGACACGCCACACCCUAAAACUACAAUCCGAGGACGUGUUCAUCCCCCUAACAUAUAGGACGGGUGAGGGGGGGUGCAUUUUUUAAAUUUGUGAAGGGGGUGCGCUCAAAAGAAUGCUGCUGUUGGUUGUUGAGAGCAAGAGCCUCCUACUGACUGAUCCUUAUGUUUAAGAUGAAGUGUGUCUAUUUUGAUUCUCCACCCAAGUACACUAAUUUCAGUCUUUUUGUUUUCAUACCUAAAGUUUGUGCUCUUAUUAAUACUUGGGUCAGCCGAGUAUUCAGUUCUGCUUUCAAGGUAAUUUAUGGAAGUUCACGCCCUGAACAGUUGAGAUUUAUGUAAGAGCUGCAGAGCUGCACUUCAGGUUGUCACUGAGCUGAGUGCUGAUUUCUACUGGCGUGACGAUUAGUGAAGCAAAGGGGAAUGUGAGGCAUUGUACUGAUCAGAGCUUUAAUCUCAGUUUAGGUUAUUUUAAUACUUGUGUGUGUUGUGCGUGUAAAUUUUUAACAAACAGCAAUAAGAGUGCCUCAGUGUGUACACAUGUGGCACAAAAUGAAAUAUACGAAGAGAUAACUAAAACUGCGAGAACUGCAUUCUGUCACGGUAUUUGUCUCUUGUUGUUUGUCAUGUGACUUGGAAGGACUGUGUGGGUGUUGAAAAUCUAAAUUUCAUUUUAUAUUCAAGUGUACUUAAAAGGAGAACACUGAAAAUGAAGAUCACAAAACAUAAUGUUGCAAGCAUUUUUGUGUAAAUAUAAUAUACAGUAGAGUAAUUGUGAUAUUAACUUGUUGUAUUGAUAGAGAAUCUAACAGCAUUGAUGCACCUUUUUUUUCCCCCCUCAGACCUGGAUGCAUUUUCACUGUCUGAGCUCACUGUACCAUGUUACAAUGUGCUCUACCAGCUAGGAUAGCUUCAUUUUAAAUUAUAUUCAAUCUCUUUUGAUCUGAACCAUUCUUUACAAUGAAUUACUGUUGCACUAUGCUUCAUUUCAGAAUCAGAAAUACUUUGUUGAUCUCUGGGGGAAAUUUAAACAGAUGAAGAAGAGUAUGUGAGGAAAGUAUAACUUGCUCCCACACCACAUCUCUGGAAAAUAGUGAAUCAGUUCACAGGUUUCUGUCUGCCCUGUCCUUUUCAGCAUAUGUGUAUCAUCUCUAUUUUUUAGCCUCUGCUCUUAUUUGUGUAGGCCCAUCAUUUCAACUUUAGUUUGUUAAUUUUCUACCAUUUUCAAAGCGCCACAAUUCAUAAAAAUGGACUGAAAUUGUUUUAGUACUUCCAUAUAAAUCUAUUAUUUUUCAUGCCCUACGUGAUUUGAUUGACCAAAGGUCUGCCUUUGUUGUUGAUUGCCGAAGAGUUUAUUUUGUGAGUUUGUUUCAAAAACUUCUCCUAAACCAUGUUCAACAAUAGCAAACAUUUCCAUUAUUUAAUAUAUACCUAUGUAUUAAUUUCUGAGCAUACUUUCUACCUUGUCUGUCUUUCAGUGCAGUUUUUUUUUUUAGCAGGAUUGUGUUAGAGGUUGACGAUAUUAAAGUGUAAGUGCAAAUGAAGUGCA